UACAGUCAAUAUCCCGUUUCGCAAUGGAGUCCUUUAACCAAAUAUUACUACAGUACCCGCCAUUUUUAGUUGGAGGUGUCGGAGCAACGGCGAUUGCUGCAGGAGGAACGCUAAUCUAUAGAAUUGCAACCAGGAAAAAACCAACUCAUGUCAAAGUGAAUUGUUGGUUCUGCAAUCAGGACACAAUUGUCCCCUAUGGGAACAGAAACUGCUGGGAUUGUCCAUACUGUGAACAGUAUAAUGGCUUUCAGGAGAACGGGGACUACAACAAACCCAUUCCUGCUCAACACAUGGAGCAUCUCAACCAUGGUGUUUCGGCCGGUGUCCCGGAGACACCGAAGACUCUGCAGUGGGUCAACUGUCAAAUGCUUCUGUGCAAGAAGUGCAACAACAACCAGACACUGAAGAUUAAGCAGCUGGCCUCGUUCAUCCCCAGGGAUGAUGAAAACUAUGAUGAGGAGAUCGAGGUUUAUAAGCACCACCUUGAGCAGACCUUCAAGUUGUGCCGGCCGUGCCAGACAGCAGUGGAGUACUACAUCAAACACCAGAACCGACAGCUGCGGGCUCUGCUCUUCAACCACCAGCUCAGACGCAGUCGGGAUGCUGAUAAAGCCUUUAUUAAGAACAACUACUCACUCACCACUCCUGCAUGGUUGAUCUUGCUCAGAGUCUUUGCGUUUCUCGCCUGUGCCUUCCUUGUAGCUGUGGCUUUGUCUGGAUCUGGAGAUGUGGCCUCCUCCGUCAUGCAGACCUUAAGCGGAGGAGUCACCUCACCUAAACGCCCCCUCCAAAAUGACAGUGAAAGCAAUGCUGAGGAGGGCAGCAUGAUGUGGGAUGAUCUGGUGGGUCUUCUGCCAGAAAAGGCUGUGGAGAACGCUCGACUCGUCUGGCAGUCCGGAAGCGACCAUCAGAUGGCCGUGGCCUCCGUUGGUCUCCUAACUUGCAUCACAGGUGUCUUAAUGGCAGGACCUGUCAGGUUGAGGAGGAUUGACGCUGUGGCCUCUGUGCUUUGGCUUCUGGUGAUAUGUUUUUAUCUGGCAGAGUGUUAUCUCAAGACGGACAUCCCUGAUUGGUUGGAAAUGGUCAAGUUGGGCAUCACUUCUGUGUGUUGUCUGGUGGGAUUCGCUGCCGCUGUGGCAACACACAAAUCCACGAGUCAGAGAAGAGCCAGAGCUCGCAGGUAUUUGUCUGGCAGUUCGCCUGGGCCGUACUACAGUAAUCACUGUCCCCCGCUGUCUGCACCUGUGUCUGGAUCCUCCACCUUCAUCCCAACGCCUCCCCCCAACCUGUCACAGCUGCUCAUCCGCCAGCAAAGCCACAGAACGCGCAAAGCCUCACCCUCCUCGCUCCCUGGGCGACUCAACAGGGCCCUCUCUCUGGGAACUAUCCCCUCCCUAGCACGAGCAGAUUCAGGAUUCCUCUUCAGUGGGAGUAGACCAUCUUCACAGUGUAAAGACUCUCCACCUUCAGAUUACUACUCCCUAAAAUCUGGAAGCCGACCCUCUUCUCCUGGACCGUCCCCAACCCCUUCUGUGGCAGGAUCCGUCACUUCCACCUCUAGCUCUGCCAGGCAGCGCCGGCCACUCAUCAGCCCAGCCAGACUCAACAUCAGUGGGCAAAAGCUGCAGCUCUUUAGCUCUCCUCUGGAGUCUUUUAGUUUGGCCCCACCUCCUCCCUUUCUUUCGGAGCAAAGCCACGUGCACAGCGGAGGAUUCUUGCCUGAUGUUCCACACGUCCAUUCACAGAAUCAUGGUUCACUGAUCGAUGAGGGCAGUGUGUUUGAGCAUGUGGAGAAGCGAAUGGACAGCUCCUCUGCAUCGUCAGACUGCCAUGUAGACACGACCACAGGAAAUGGAAUGGACAGCAAGCCUGGAUGGAAGGGUUUUUGGGGGUUGAAGCUUUGGCCUGGUAUACUGUUUACCAGCCUGACCAUUAACUUCACCUUUAUCUGCGUCUAUCUCUAUUACAAUUUGGAGAUGAGGAUAUAGAUCAGACCUCUGGAGUUCAGCAGUUUGACUGGUCUUUGUCACCUGUGUGCUCGGUAAAUCUGGGAUCUUUACAGGAAAUAUGUGGAUAGCAUUUCCCUUGGGUGACAACUACAACUUUAUUCUUGCUGCUGAACAAUUGUGGAGUUAAAAAAGGAGAAUAAUUGUAUUCUCACAUAAAUGAAACGACCGUGUUCCCUUAACUUGAGCUCUGUUAAAUGCAGCUGCGAUUCUACAUUAUGCCUCAAAGUAUGAUGUGAGCUUUGUAAAACAUGUUCUUGUGCGUGUUUAAUAAUUUCUUUGUGUUUUUAAACACUGGACAUGUUUUAGAUGAAUUAUUGUGCAGUUUAGUUUAACAGAAUGAUGUCUGUUGGGCAUAUAAAAACAUAACUUUAUAAAAACUUAAUUUGACAGCUUUGCGACAUAGCUGUACAUUUAAGUGUUACUGUUUAUCCUACUUCCUCAAAGGAUUAUUCUGUGUCAUGUCAUUAUCCUGAUGAUGUGAUAUUAUAAGGUGCAAUAUGUUUGUGUUGAUCUACUUUUGUCAACAUUGUGACACUGAAAGAUUUGGUUUAGCAAAUGUCUGUUACUGUGCCCAUUGAGCCUCUGUCUCUGUUUUAUGAUUUGACUCAUAAUGUCAAGGGAAACAGGAUAACAUGAAUAUUUUGUACAUAAAAUAAAAGUGUUUCAAUUACCAGAUUGAAAUAAAAUCUCCAUUGUAAUA